UGAUCCAUUUGAUAAGGACUCGCAGGGCGCUGGAAAUGGAAAGCGGCACUUGCUCGUGACUCUUAAGCUUUAUUGUUUAUUGGUCAUCUAUCUUUAUUUAGAGUAUAUGGAAAGUAUAUAUAAAGCAUACCUGACCAAGCUUUAUGUACUGUAGAAGUAGAGUUGUUGUUUUGAGCUUUAACACGUACCGGCAACCUUACUUGGUACCUCCGCUCUCCGUACGGGAUUAUUCCAAGAGUCAUCUCCGGGGAUUUCUCCGGAUCGCAACACCUCUGGCCACACCCACGCCUACGCUGCUCACCACUACAUAAAGUCUAACUAUGACCGUACGAGAACUUUCGUACCGAGGAUGAGUCUGCGUAUGUACCGGCAUCGUUGAGAUAUCCAGUGCUGCUUUUGGCCAUGCGGGCAUACACAGUCGUUCGCCUGCAGCUGCAUUUUGGGGUUGCAACGCUACGUACGGCUCGACGGCCAAAAACAGAGGGUUUCCCCACAACGAGAAUAAGGCCGAGAACCCAAUCAGCGGCGGGUCCACGGCUUCACCACGGUCCCCACUCUGAACAAGGAGACCGAGAAGAGCCAGAAGCACCGAUAGUGAGCCCUGGGCCCAACUGAUGCUGUCUCAAGCACGGGCUCCACUAUUUCACUAGCGACCGACGCUACGCUACCACUCCCACAUCCACUACCUACACCACCACCACAUCUGUUGACGAACGCACUCUUUCCAUCCCUCGACGACCGUCCGAAUCGACUCGACACGGCCCGGAAUAGCUUCAUUAAACCACGAGAACUACAUAUACGCAGAGGCGGCAUCUCCUGUAACGAACGAGACUUCUCGAAAGCCAUUGUUCGCUUUCCCCCAACCGACCCAUCCUCAUCCGAUCGUCUCCUGGGCUAUCACAACCUUGAACACAGCCCAAUAUCCAAAGACACCAAGUCACGCUCUUUUACCUCCCACUUGCACUUGCACUUGCACUUGCACCUGCACACCCUCACUCCCGCUUCAAUCUCGUACCCAAAGACAUCUUCGCUUGGGUUGGCUUCCGGUGCCCUCGAACCCCCCACGACCAACCACCCCCUCACAUUCGCUGGGUUCCCUCGAGGACCACCAUGAAUGCGUGAGCAUUGAUUGUGCGAUCAAGUCAUUCACACCGAUUACCACCGCCGCAACCUCAACGACCUUCCAGUGCUGGGAGUGUGUCGUCCCUCAACCUUGAUAUGCUGCAUGAUCCUCGACCUUCUUGCAGACUGCGACCGAAUGGCAUUGGAGCCAAGUGCAGAACACCAUGGACCCUCUACACAUCACUGAAUUCGCCUCGGAGCGAUACUUCAGUAAAUUAAGGCAAUUGAAUGAACCCGCCGAUGCUUCAUCAUCUUCUGUUCCGGCAACUCCAGAAAUCCCGCCCGAGUUAGCACAACAAACGACCUUUACCCUACCUCUAGGGAGACAGCGAAGUGCCGACAAUGAGCAUGCCACGCUCGUCCUCCGACCGAGCGAGCAGAAGAAAAGAUCUCUGGGUCAUGAUCUCACAGGAUUGAGAACGUCGAGGCGUCCUAGUUUUACUGGCGGAUUUGGAGCAUUACGAUCAAGGGUUACGGUCACUCACAAACCAACAACCAUUAACGAACACCACGAUGAACUUCGGGCGCAGGACCCGAAUGCUAAAAUUAGGUAUUUAUACAUCAGCUAACAUGACCGAGAAUUCACUGACCAUAUAGCAGUAUUACCCUAAGUGACCUCUUUCUGUCUCUGCCCAAUGAACUUCAAGCCCAGAUCAUUGCACCCCUCCCUAUACAUACCAUUCUCGACCUUCGUUUGGUGUCCAAGAAUUUCCAUACCUUGGUUACCCUCAAUGAAUUUCCAAUUGCGCGAUAUCACAUUACAAACACGCUUCCUCAGUACACAUUACGCCUAUAUCCAGUACCCGAACCAGAAUUUAUUAACCUCCAUUAUCUCUGUGGAAUAUGGAAUCGACUACAUGUAGCAUCAAAACUCUCUACUAUGAUUUCAAGGCAAGCGAGAAAGGAAAUUUUUCUCAAGAAUACCGAAGCUCAACGCCUGGAGUUUGAGCCAAUGUAUCGACGGAUGUGUCAAAGAUUACUACCUCUUGUCUUUACCCUGUUCCACUUCUUUGAGAAGUAUCGCGAACUUCACACAAGCUACCUGAGUCAGGGUGGCAUCCCAUUAAAACAGCUUCCCUACACUUUGAAUCCCAUUGAGAGCCAGGUGAUGUCAAUGUAUGAUGAUCAAACAUUACUUCAUGUGCAUCAAGUAUUUCCUUUAGUCAUAUCAUCCUUCUCACGACGAUUGCGGCCACCUUCAUAUGUCGGGACUCUGGAAAAGACACUCAAAGGUUAUUUGAAAGACCGACCGGCGGAUGAAGUCUACUCGUCAAUCAUUUCUAUUGGAGGACUACGGCAAGCUCAGAGGUUUUGGGAAACUAAAGGAUACAACACACGACGAGAAGCCGUAGAUAUUUGGUAUGGGGUUGUCACCAAACUUCCGGUUGAAGUAUCUGCACCUGCACCCAAACCAACGAAGAUGUCACGACUAGCAACAUUUGGAAGGAAAAAGACUGUGCCGGUCGUUGAAAAGACAGGAGGUGAUAGACCGAGUGGCCAUGAUGCAGGAGGCUGUAAGGAGUGGUUUUGCGUGAAGCCAUUUUGCCUCGCUGCUCGAAGACGCCACUCAACCGACAACCUCGUAUAUCACAGUAGUCUUUCAAACGGGCCACCAAUGAGCCCACUGACUCGAAACCAACUGGCUCAAUUUGUCCCCGACCAACCACAUCUGAAAGACAUAUGGAUGCUCACGGCCGAGGCAUUGAUUCUGGAGCGUCAGAUUGUCUCCCGACCUCAAGAUAUCAAACGAAAUACUCAAGUUCUAUUGGAUCUGAUUCGCGAUUAUGGAAAUGAUGGAGUGGAGGAAUUCACCCCCUCGCCUCCAAGGGAAAUUAAUACGGAAGAACAAGAGGGAAUGGGAGGUCCAGGAGGAGUUUCCGACUAAGCAAGCAAACAAGCGGUCAUGCAGCAUGUAGCAUUUUACACGGCGUUUCUAAUGAGCGGGAUUGAAUUUUUGUCGUUAGCUGGAAAUCAUGGAUUUUUUGUACGAAGGCUUUCGAAACAUCUUUUUUUUUAGGUUUUCAUAACAAGAAGAAAUCUUGGGGAUACACAAAGGGGGCGUUUUUUUGUUUGGUGUUUCUGGGGUUUUCAAUCAUAAAUGCAUCUUUUUUUUACCCUUUUAGACUUAUCUUUUUGUUUGGGUUUGUUUUGUUUUGAUUGGUUUAUUUCCUCGUUUGAUCUACCUGGCUAUUUCUUCGUAUUCGUUUUUUGGGGGGUGGGUGUUUUGAUGAUGGAGAUGAUGGGAGUUUCAUGGAUGGAUUGGGG